UAACAUCUUUAACGUCAGUGUCGUUUGUGCCGAACUUUCUGCUGCGGCGCGUUUGUAAAGUUCAGAGCAGAGGAAAGGAAACAAUGCGGGUUUGUGCGGGCUGUGAUUUCCAACAAGCCCAGUGAAGAGAGAGAGAGAGAGAGAGAGAGAGAGAGAGAGAGAAGGAAAAAGGGGAAUGGUGCAGUUUCUGGCGCACAGAAGUCCACAUUUAGGCACAAAAAUCUAUCAGUGACUGAUGCCAUGAAGCUAAAUCCAAAGCAAGCGCCGUUAUAUGGUGAGUGUGUGUUGACGGUGCAGCUCAGUGAAGAGGAGUGUGUGGAGGAUGAGGAGGACGUGGAGUUUUACUUGCUGUUCUCCGGCAGCACACAGAGACACCUGACCACCACACUGAGGCUCGGUCAUGUGACCCUGCAGGCUGUGUGUCCAGCCCACGAUCGUGAUGAGACAGUUCGGGUCACUCUAUGUCAGGCUCGAACCGGUGGUUCUGUUGAACCGGUGGGAGAGGAGCGGUUCCAGUUUGUCCAUGAUCUGGCUCUGGACAUGGCUCACUUCCUGAUUAGUGCGGCAGCUCACAGGGACGGUCUGGAGGGGGCGCUGCUGCUCGCUGACUCACACAUCCCUGUACAGGAGUGUGAAAGGCUGGACGAGACGCUAAUGCUAGCACUGAAGCACCUCCCACUACCGCCUGGGUGGAGUGUACUGGGCCCCGACAUCAACACACACACACCAGCAGAUUUCAGUCCUCAUGAGACUUUGCUGCACUUUGCGGCUCGUCGAGGUCUCCGGAGAGUCGCCCUGUUCCUCCUGCAGCAGCCUGGGGGACGAGGCGCUCUGCAGCUGGUCAACAAACAUGGACACACUCCUGCCCUAGUGGCACAGAGCAGAGGACACACACAGCUACAACACCUGCUCUCAGAGCUUGAGAAGUCUCCUCACUUUGAGACAAAGGCUCCAAGGCGGCGUUACCCAGCAGGCCGAGCAUUCCUGCACCACCCGAGGCUGAACACCUUCUCUCUGACAGUGGAGAACGAGUCAGACGGAGAUCCUCCAGACCUGAGGCGAGACGUGGAGGAGCUGCGCCGCUACGCUCACUCUCACCACCACAACAAGGCAGGCUCUCGGAAGCAGCGCCAGUCCUUCCCUCUGAUCCUGAGCCGGGAUUUCGUUGGCGAGUUGCAGUCUGUUGCGGUGACUCUCUGUGAAGGCUCCGCCCUCCUCAAACCGCCGGCGUGCGAGCAUCAGGAAGUCAAAACCGGCGAAGAAAACCGCGAGCAUGCUCAGGGGCUGAAUGGCAGGGUCCGAUCAGAGGAGGGUGAAACUCCGGCGUCCGGCGGAGCGUCAGAUUCUGGGAACGGGACUGUGGGAUUAGAGGGCGAGGGAGUGUGUGUGGGGAAGCAGGAGAACUUUGCAGCUGUCAACACUGUUUCCUGUGGAGAGCAGCAGCAGCAGGAGGAAGUAGAUAGCAAGCUGAGAGUAAUCAGGGAGGUGCCUCGUACACACAGGAGCGACGCUGCACCCGAGACAAAGACGCACAAUAAAAUCCAAUCUGGCAACACGCAAGAGGGAACGAUGGGUCAAACCCAGGGACGCCUCCCGGAAGAAGAAAAAAAUAAGGCGAGAGGGGACUUACCAGAGGAAAGGGAAGGAGAGCGUAACUCCGGCCAGGAAACCUGUGUGCCGAGCGGGAACACGCGGCUGCUCCAUGGACAAAAGCACGGAGAGACAAGCUCACGUUUUUACUUAAAUUUGGACGUUAAUGCCUCGGAAAACGUGAAGGAGUCCCAGGUCCAGGAACCAGGAAACGGCGGUGACCGGAUACACGAGUCCACCGACUGCACAACACAGGAUCAAGACAUCGGUGAAGAUUUGGAUUCUAUAACUUUUAGACCCAACAUGACUCCAGGGCCCAUCCACAACGUUCCUCUGGAACCGUCUCCAGGUGUGGAACAGCUGCUCGAUACAGCUGCAGGAGACCAAAUUGACGCUACGUCAGAAACAGCGUCUGAUUAUUCAGAGCAGAUGAGUUCAGAUUCUGUAAAAGAUCCUUUAUCUUGUGCUGAUGUACCUGUUGCUCCAGGACAAGCUGACAGGGUAGCGCAAGAUGUUCCUCUUACGCAUGAGGAAAGUUGUGGAGACACCUGUGUUGAUCAGACAUUACUCUCUGAGACAGAAGUAAGGUCUUCACCUGGAUCUGAAAAUAAUAUCCAACCGGUCACACCUCCAGAAAUAUCAGAAAAAACUUCUCAAAUAAGUACCAAGUGCCAUUAUGGAGGUGAGGAACCAUUUCAGGAACAUUGUGACUUCCAGUCUGAUGCUAGAGAUGCUGAGAUCACAGACACCAUGGACCAAGAUCCAGAAAGUCUACCACUUUUUUGGGACCAAUUUUUCUCAGUUCCUUCAGGAUCAGUGGUGUCAGAUUCCAACCUUGAAGAAUCAGAAAGUGUUUUAAAAUUAAAGCUUGAAACGGAGCCGCUAUCAUUUCAAACACCUCCUGAGUCACCCUGUGAGUUUUUCUCAGUAGAUGGCUUUAUCAGUACGAGUGGUUCCAUUGAAGCAACAUGUCCUGCAGGAUCUCAAGAGAUCAUGGAGGAGGGUUUGCAGGUGGAAACGGAGCUGCUGGAAAUGUGCGAAAGCUCUAAAAAGUCACCAGUAUCAGUUCUGUGUGGUUCCUUCUCCAAACUGACCAUCAGGGGAAGUCCACUUGAUCCUCACAUUGAAAACACAACAUCAGAGACCAUCGAGAGAACAGCAACUAGUGCACAUGAUGGUGAUUUAGACACCUCCAAUACGCUUUCUUCAGAGAUGGAGGAGUCCAAGGUGGAGGUUAUUAAGUUAGAACCGGAGAACGUUGAGACAUGGGAGAGAUCAGAAACAUCACAGUUGGUGAGCGAUGUGUCCGCAGCAUCCUUCUGUGAUUCUGCAUCAGAGGAGAACCUUGGAGGAACAGAACAUGCUGUAGGUCUUAAAACACAAAUUGAUCAACCUCCAGAAUCAGGAGAUGUUCGGGAGGAGUGGAUGAAGAUGUCUACACAGCUUAGUGAGAAUUCAGAAAUGUUGUCACUGCCAUGUGAAACGUUGCCUGUGUCCACUUUUGUCUCUAAGAACAUCACUGACCCAGAUUCUAAGGUCAUAAACUUUGAGGAGAUUAACAACAAAACAUCUAAAGACACACAGACUGAGAUCAUGACCUCGACAGAGACUGUAGAAGAAACAUCUCUUGACCAUAAUCUGAAAGUUAUCAACUUUGAGGAAAACAUCCUAGAACAACCUGAGAUCAGGACAUGUGAGGAGAGCAUAAGUGAAACAUCUCUUGACCUCCAUCAUGAUAUCUUCACAUCUUCUGAAAAUGAUCAACCUCCAGAAUCAGAAGAUGUUCAGGAGGAGUGGAUGAAGAUGUCUACACAGCUUGGUGAGAAUUCAGAAAUGUUGUCACUGCCAUGUGAAACGUUGCCUGUGUCCACUUUUGUCCCUAAGAACAUCACUGACCCAGAUUCUAAGGUCAUAAACUUUGAGGAGAGUAACAACAAAACAUCUAUAGACACACAGACUGAGAUCACGACGAUUGUAGAAACAUCUCUUGACCAUAAUCUGAAAGUUAUCAACUUUGAGGAAAACAUCCUGGAACAACCUGAGAUCAGGACAUUUGAGGAGAGCAUAAGUGAAACAUCUCUUGACCUCCAUCAUGAUAUCUCCACAUCCUCUGGAGGGACAAUUGAAGAAACAUCUCUUGUUCCACCUUCUGAGGUUAAGAUGUCUGAGGAAAGCGUUCAAGACCAACAACCUAACGUCAUAAUCUUAAAGGAGAGCAUUAGACGAACAUCUCUGGGCUCCAAUCAUGAUUUCACAUCCUCGGUGGAGAUGAGUGGAGAAGUGUUUCCUGGUCCACUUCUGGAGGUUACCAGCUCUAAAGAAAACCAACAACUUGAGAAGAGCAGAAAUUACACUCAUGACCCCAAGCAUGAGGUCACGGCUGUUGAAGAGAGCACUGGAGAAAGUCUUGAAUUCCUUCAUGAUUUCUUCAUGCCUUCUGACGAGGCGAUUAAAGAAAUGUCUUUUGAGGCACUUCCUGAAGUUAAAAGCUCUGAGUUAGUUGUUCUACACCAACAACUUGAGGUCAUGACCUCAGACGAGCCCCUCAGAUCCAAUCAUGAUCUUACCGUGACCUGUGAGGAAACACUUGACCUCCGUUCUGAGGUGGACACCUCUGCGGAAAAUGUUCUAGAGCGACAACCUCAAGCGACCUGUGAUAAGAGUCAAAAUGGAACAUCUGAAGACCCCAAAGGUCAUGACAAACCCCUUAAGGUCACAACUUCAGAGAACAGCAUUCAAAGCCCACUCCAUGAGGUGAGUGCUGGUAAAACGGCUCUCGACCAGCAACCUGAGAUCACAACGUUUGAGGAGAGCAUCAGAGAAACCCAGCUUGACGAGACAACCUGUGAGGAAAACCUCAGGAGAUCUCCACCUGUUGUCCUGAGCUCUAAGAUGGAUGUAUGUCUUCCUGAAGCUCCAGUUCAAUAUGAGACUGCGAUUCUGGACCCUCUUGUUUCCUGCAGUGAUUCUGAUCUUGCUUUGGAAAAUAUUUCUACCUCAAGUUCCCUCGAGCUCCCUCAUCAGCCAGUGGAUCCAGACAGUGUUACUAGUUUAGAUGGAGGCUUCGCUGUAGAAGUGGAUAGCGGUUUGACCCGGGACUUGUCACCUUUGGACAUUGUCUGUGUUAAUAAAAGUGUAACUCUGGAAGAGGAGAAAAGUCACACGGAGGAGGAACAUGGAGAGAAACCAAAGGAGGAACGAGUAGCAGGUGAUGUUAAUGCUGAGGACAUGAGGAGACACAUGGAUCAGACCCAAGAGAUCCACAGGGAGGAGGAGGAGGACGUCUUGUAUUCUCUACAAUCUGAAGAUCUGACGACAGGCUGCAGUAUAGAAACCACAGAAACAGAUGUUGCGAGUGUGUGUCACUCUGUAUCUGCGAGCUCGCUGCCUGGGUCCGAGUCCAUCAGUGAUGGAGACUCACUGUUGGGCCCAGACACGAAUGAUGACACUGUCUUUAAACAGAGCGAGGACUCGCUUACCCUCACCAGUGGAAUUUCCAUGACUGGUUCCAUUUCUACAGACGACUCGUCCAUCACACACACUGUAGGAGAAACUGAGGAAGAGGAGAAGAAAGAUCGGCUGACGGAGGUUCUUGAGCGUUCUGCUAUUCUUCGCACUACCAACCGUUCUCACUCUCCAUCUCGGAGACACAGCUGGGGGCCGAGCAAGAAUCAGAGUGGAGACACGGACAUGGGCCAGCGCAGUGUGGUGGAGGAGGAAGUGAAGCCAACAGGUCACAGGAGAAGUAUGAGCUGGUGUCCAUCACACGUUCCUGAGAUGGAGGAGAUGAAUUCCAGAAGUUACAGUCUGGAGGGUUUGGCUCCUGAGGACGAGGUGAAGAUGCAGAGUGUACAACACUCCACACACUCGUCCAUGACAGAGAGAGAGGAGAGAGGAUCACUCGCUUCUCUCACUGAGGAGGAGAAUGAGAGCAACACAGGAGACAACAGCAGCUUAGACAGUCAGAGAUCGGUUCAUGAUGCAGGAUGUGGUUUCAUUCCUCCUCCUCACACACUCACCAAAUCUGUGUCCAUGUCAGCAAUCAGCCCAAGAGACCUGGAUGAGUUGCCGUGUGCAGCAGCAGGAUCUCUGGAGUUCAGUAUUUUGGAGGAAGGCCCUACCCCAUUGAGGAGUGACUCUGAGGUCAAAGUGACGAAAGUGAGCCGCACCUUCAGCUACCUCAAGAGCAAGAUGAGCAAAAAGAGCAAGGAAAAGGUUCGUGACAAGAAUAAAGAUGGUAAAGAGAAGGAGAAGAGGAGCUUGAAUGGCCACCUGUUUAGCUCCUCCCUAGCCCCGCCCCCCAGCCCAUGCCCGCAGUGCAACCGACCAAUCAGCAUAAGGGAUGCUCUCACCUGCACAAACUGCAGUGUUUACGUCCAUAAAGGCUGCAGAGACACAGUGCCUAUGUGUGCCAUGGUGAAGAUGAAGCAGCAGUCAGUCACUGAUUCUGCUCCUCCACCUGGAGCUCUGGCACGAGGAAAAUCCUCAUCGACGCGAGAGCGACCCUGGUCCACGUUCAUGCUCCCUGAAGAUCAGACGUCUCUUCCUGUCCCUCCGCCCAGGAAAAGCAGCACCAUCAUCCCGUUUAACAGCGGAUCUCUGUCCAAAAGUAUCUCCAUCAGCAACAUCGCAGGACAGUCUGAUGAAGCUCCUCUGAAAGCGCUGAAGAUUCUGUCUCAGUCCACAGACUCGCUCAAUAAGAUGGGGAAAGUGAACGAGUCCACGGAGUCUCUCACUGAUGAAGGUGCAGAGCUGAUGGACGGUCACCUGAUGGCCGAGUUCGAGGCGGAGGUGAAGGAGCUGGAAGCCGAUUCCUGGAGCUUCACCGUGGACAAGAAAUAUCUGAAACAACUGAAAAAAGAUGUCAUCAAGAGGCAGGAUGUCAUCUAUGAGCUGAUCCAGACGGAGAUGCAUCACUUGCGGACUCUGCGCAUCAUGGCUGACGUGUACAAUAAGGGUCUACAGAAGGAGGUGCAGGUGGAGGUUCAGACGUUGGAGAAGAUGUUUCCUGUGCUGGAGGAGCUGCUGGAGCUGCACACACUCUUCUUCACACGCCUGCUGGAGAGACGGAGAGAGGCGCGUGAGGAGCAGAGAGGGAACGAGGGAGGGUUCAUCAUUGGCAGGAUCGGAGACGUGCUGCUCCAUCAGGUGACCGGCUCUAACGCUGAGAAGAUGAAGAAAGUUUAUGGGAAAUUCUGCAGUCGCCACAAUGAGGCUGUGAACAUCUACAAAGAGCUCCACACACGGGACAAACGCUUUCAGGCCUUCAUCAAGAAAAAGAUGAGCAGUGCUGUGGUGAGAAGGUUGAGUAUUCCUGAAUGUAUCCUGCUAGUCACACAGCGCAUCACCAAAUACCCCGUCCUGCUGCAGAGACUGCUUCAGCACACCAGAGAGCCGGAGGAGGAGCAGGACGUGGCCGAGGCUCUGCGGCAGGUGAAGGAAGUGCUAACGGGUAUAGACUCGAAAGUAAACGAGUACGAGAAGAGGAGGAGGCUGAAGGAGGUGUACAGUCGCACAGACAACAAGUCCAUCAUGAGGAUGAAGAGCGGACAGAUGUUCGCCAGAGAGGAUUUGAUCAGGGGGAGAAAACUUUUACAUGACGGACCACUGCAGCUCAAAAAUGCAGCCGGGCGACUAAAAGAUGUGCAAGCUUUGCUGCUGUCCGAUGUGUUUGUAUUCCUUCAGGAAAAAGAUCAGAAAUAUGUUUUCGCCUCACUGGAUCAGCGCAGCACAGUGAUCUCACUGCAGAAGCUGAUUGUAAGGGAGGUAGCGAAUGAGGAACGUGGGCUGUUCUUCAUCACAGCAGGUAUCGAGAAGCCUGAGAUGGUGGAGGUUCAUGCCAGCACCAAAGAAGAGAGGAACACAUGGAUGCAGCUCAUCCAGAACGCCACCACCUCCAUAGAUAAGGACGAGGAUGAAGGAAUCCCAAGUGAAAACGAGGAAGACAAGAGACUGCAGGAGAGCAAAGCAAAAGAGAUGAGAGAUCAACUGCAGAAGAGAGACGAGCAGAUUGUGACUCUGUUAGAGGAAAAAGUGCGUCUGUUCCGCGAGUUGUGCGACUGCACCAAUCAGGACGAAGCCUCCGUCUGCAACAGGAUGUUGUUCAGGGCGACAGGUGAUGAUGUCACGAAAGGAGAGCCGAUCAUCAGAGAUGCUCUAAAGGAAGUUGAGAUGUUACAGGAGCUAGUGAACAGCAGUGUGGUGGGACAGCAGGUGUGUGUGGGACAGGAUGACUCGAGUGUGUGUGUGGGGUCUGUGAGUUUGCCGCGCAGAGCCGAGACGUUUGGGGGCUUCGACUGUCACCAGAUGAACAUCUCAAAGAAUGGAGAUCGUGAGGAAGCAGAUGAUCUGCGGAGAACAGAGUCAGACAGCGUUCUAAAGAAGGGGGGCACUGCUAACCUGCUGCUCUUACACAAGAGGAACAGUGAGCAGUAUCUCCUGAGCGUCACUCGUCUUCAUGACCUGCUGAACACCUUACAGGCUGUGGUGGUCCAGCAGGACACCUUCAUUGAGGAGCAGCGGCAGGCCCUGAGCUCACCGUCCCUCCGUCACCCCUCCAUCUCGUCCUCAUCCUCCAUCUCGUCCUUGUCGUCAUGUUCUUCUCGGCCGAGCUCUCUGAUGGAGCAGGAGAAGCAGCGUCAGGAGGAGAAGGUCCGGGAAGAGGAGAGGAGGAGGAGAGAGGAGGACGACAGAAAGAGGAGAGAGGAGGAGGAGGAGAGGAGGAGGCGGGAGGCGGAGCUUGCUCUGAGGGAGGAGAGACUCGUUGCCAUGGAGGAGGAGACGCAGAGGAGACAUGAGGCUCUUCAGCAGGAGCAGCAGGAACUCAGCAACAAGAAGGAGGAGUAUCAGAGAGACCUGCUGAGACUCCGAGAUGACCAGAGGAGACUGGAAAGAGAGCAGCUACACACACAGCUACACAAAACAGAGCAGGACUCGAUGGAACAGAGACCUCGCACCUCCUCCAAUGCAUCAGAAGACUUGCUGAUGUUCCUGAGCUCCGCCGAUUCACCUGAAGGUGUGGAGGUUUUCUCUCGCGCCGACUCCAAACGCAAAGCCAAGAACCUGAAUCUGAACCCGUUCUCUUCCGGCUCCGGACACAAGAGCGGCGCCACUGAGCCUCAUGGACAAAUCCCCAACUGCCUGCUUCAGCUCACGAAACCCAGAGACAAGAAGGAGAAGAAGAAGAAGAAAGGAAAAGGAGGGCAGCAGAACCAGACUACAGAAUCCAUGGGUGCAGUGGCUCCUGAAUCUUCAGCAGACAGAGACGUGUUUUUCUGCUGAUCUCACGCUCCGUUGUUUUCUCUCCGUCUUCCCAUAAUGCUGUGCGGCUCAGAUUGGAUCCUGACAGGUCCAGCUUUUUACCACUGGGGGGAAAAGUUCUCCACUCUUUCCUUUGCACACACACAUAUACACACACACACACACACACACACACAUACACAUACACACACACACACACACACACAUACAAACACACACACACAUACACACACACACACACACACACACACACACACACACACACACACACACACACACACAUACAAACACAUACACAUACAAACACAUACACACACACACACACACACACACACAUACAAACACAUACACACACACACACACACACAGGCUCAGCGCUCAUCACACCACUAUAGGCACUUUUCUUAUUUUGGAUUUUCUUUGUUUUAUUUAAAAACUUUUUUCGAAAAAAACAACAACAAACAAAUAAAUUCCAGACAGCAGGAGAUUCAGCGUCAGGAGCUGCUGGAUUUGUUCAAGAUUUCUGGGAGAAAAUGACGUUUUUAUUGAAGGAUUUUUAACUAACAAACUAAUAACAUUCUGCAGUGAGACAAUUUCAACACAUGGGCUGGAGGAGGAAUUUGUAGAAAUUUACAGAAAUAAGUCGAUGUAAUAAUCUACAUCCGAUCGUCACCUGAUUUAAAAAAGUUUUACUGAUUUCCUGUGAUUUAAAAAAUAGGCCACGCCCACAAGUGACAAUCAAUCACCAAGCGUCCUCAUGAAUGAUUACCGUUUUGAACAAUUCUAAAAAUAAAUAUAUAUAUAAAUACAAAAACUCACAUGUUCUCUGGACUUGUGAAAUAUAAUGGAGGUUUUUUUUAAACAAUAAUUUAUUUUGGCUUUAAUUUUAAUUGAUGGAGAAACAAACGAUUGAGUCGGUGUAGUUUUUAUUUCGAAUGUCUGUUAAAGACUGACAGUGUGAUCUGUUGCCUUUAAGAAUGUUAUUUCCUUUAUUUCUAUUUUAUUUUCACGGUAUUUAACUCUCCCUCGAUUCCUCAGUCAGGACCGAACGGCAGAAACGUUACAGUGACGUGACGUGACGUGACGUGACGUGACGUGACGUGACGUGUAACAGCGGAGAACCUGCUCCUGUAGUCGCUCCUCUGAUGAGUCGAGUUUAGUUUUUUUUAUUAUUUAGCACUUUAUCUCACGUCACAGAGAUCCAGCUUUAAUCCCACACAGUCGCUUCAUGUUUGAACCUGAGUGAUGAAUAUAGUAAAGCUCAGAGCUUGGUGUUGAGAUCCAGCGGAACAACUGAUAAACGUUCGUUAGCCAAUUGUCCAGCAGGGAUGGAGACGUUAUCUGACGUGAUGAACGUGGGCUGAUGAAGGAGUCCUCGCCUGCAGGACAGGCGCACGUCUGUUAUCAACCUCGCAAAAAAAAACAAACAGAUUAAAACUCAGAUUAUAUUUUAAACAGAAAAUAUUUUAUAUCCAAACGACAAAUCAGAUUACGUUCAUUUUAUACGAUUACAUUUUAUUAUAAUGCUUUUCCAAAAAAAUGUUCAGAUGUCAUUCUGUCACCUGAUUGGCUAAGAGCAACACAGGUAUGAUGUUUGUUACACGUUGUGUUACGUCUCGAAGUUUCAGACAGAUCAAACACGCGACUGAGUUCGUACCUCAUCAUCACACGCUGGAUUUAUUUUAUUUAUUUCAUGAACAACCAAACGAUGAAGGGACGUGCGCUCGUUAGCCUCAAAGCGCAUCAAAGCGCCUCCCUCGGCACCUGAGCGUUACGUUACUUUUGUUGACCACUAGAGGGCGGUGUUUUUGUGCUGCAUCACGGUGCCAAAGUCCUACAAUCAGUUGUGUUUAUAAUAAAAUGAUUCUGAAUAAAACAUCACCACACACUUUAAUAAUAAAUACGCAGAAAUACACAACACACAAACUGACGCACAACAGAACUACAAGUAAAUGGCAAGAAAAUGUCAAUCAUCCAAAAUCAACAACAAAUAAAAUGCGUUUUUCUUUGGGUUUGUGUUUUUUUUUUUUUUUUUUUUUGGGAUCAUCAGUUUAUUCAUUUACAUUUAUUCACUUCUAAUAAACACGAGUGUGUGUGGAGGCUCGGUGGAGUGGCUUUGUUUGUUUGGUAUUGUACAUGAUGACGUGAGCAAACUCCACAUCACCAGCAGGUCCGACUGUGCCUUCAGAAUUAAAAGGUAUUUUAUUAAAAGGUACCGUUGUGUUAGUUUGUGUAAAGAAGGGCUGCGUCUCUGUAAAUAUCUGUAAUGUACAAAUUCAACUAAAGUAUUAAUUGUGGAUUCUUUUUUUUUUUUUUUUUUUUUGGUGAUUUUGAAUCUAGCUUUUUAUAACAGGCUUUAUUUAUCAGUAUUUGGAGAAUAUAAAAAAGAAAAGUGUAAUAAACGGUGACUGUACACAA